AUGACGCGGCCGCCGCGUUGCCUAGGCGCCCGGCCCCUCCUCUGCCCCGCGGCCCCGCCGCCCGUGGCGUCACCGCCCGCGCUCCCGCGGCCCCGCCGCCCGCGCUCCCGCUGCGUCACCGCCCGCGCUCCCGCUGCGUCACCGCCCGCGCUCCCGCUGCGUCACCGCUCGCGCGGGAAGGCCGCGCCUCCCUUUACGGCUUUGUCGACAAGUGACGCCGCCGGGCUUUACGGCGUGGUGUGGGGCUGGGGAGAUGUAGACUUUCCUCUUUUUCCCGGGGGCCGAGCCGAGAGGAGAGGGGGUCGUGUGCCAGUUCAGUGUGUGGGUAACUUGCUAUCAAGUGACACGGGGAAGUGCAGAGAAGAUCUGUCUGGAAGUGGCAGUGUCUUUGAGGAAGAUCUUCAUGAAAACAGCUUCCUGACUACUCUAAAAGAAAGCUUAUGUGUGUAUACAAAUGACUCCAGGUGUGAAGUCUGCCCUGCUGGCUGGCAGCUGCAUUAUGGGAGAUGUUAUUUCUUCUCAGGAACUCGUGACAUCUGGGAGAACAGCAGAAGGGAUUGCUCAGGAAAAAAAUCUGAGCUCCUGAUUAUAGAAGAUGAGGCUGAAAUGGAUUUCAUAAACAAACUGAAUAAUAAAGACAUUGGCUUUGUUUGGACUGGAUUAAGCUUUGAUGAGAAGGAAGGCAGAUGGGUAUGGCUCAACGAUCCCAAACAUCCAGGGCACAGUUUCACAGUAAGAGGAAGGAAGAAAGAAGAGAAAUGUGGUGCCUAUAAGUUGACAAAAAUGUAUGCUGACAACUGCCACUCCUUGUACAAGUGGAUCUGCAAGAAGAGGGCAGUCCUUCUGGGUACCUAAGAUCACAGAACCACAGAACACAUUUGGGUGGUGGAGACCUCAAAGAUCAUCCAGUCCAACCCUCAACCCAGCACUGAAGGGUC